AUAUUAAAUAGUGGCUUAAGAUGGUGUUGAGGAAGUUGUUGUUGGUGACUUGGGGGUGUUUGUGGGGAGCGGGUCGCGGGGACCACUUCUUCAAGGACUACUCCUUCAGGGACCGGGUGUCUCCCCACGGCCACCACGACCUCCAAGACCACACCCAGUACCAAACUCCGCUAAGUGAUGAUUUAGAAAGCGAGGAUGUAAGGACUUUCUUCCUAAGAUACCGUUGGCCGGACAAGAUCGUGCCAGUAGAAUUUGACGACAUGUUUACUAGUGAGUACCGCCCGGUGGUGUACCAGGCGAUGGACGUGUUCAACAAACUCACCUGUGUCCGCUUCCGCAAUGUCUCCAGGACGAAGGAGUACCACCUUCGUGUUAGCGGCAAGGAGUAUGGAUGCUUCGCCCAACUGGGCUACAUCGACCACGAAAGCGGGUCCAACUUACUGAACCUGGACAAAGGCUGCGACUCUAUAGGCAUCACCCUUCACGAGAUCAUCCACGCGCUGGGCAUCGACCACCAGCAGAAGAGACCAGACCGCGACUAUUACGUCACUAUUUUGAAGGACAACAUAAUUGAGACGGAUUUCUCACAGUUCCAGACCAAAACCGGAAUGGGAGCUUAUUUGUGGACGAUGGGUCUCCCUUACGACUACAACAGUCUCAUGCACUACCAGCUGAACGCCUUCAAUUUAGAUGAGAAACAUACGCCCACCAUACAGCUCAAAAAGCCCUUCUCUGGGAUUGUAGGACAUCAGGCCUGUCCUUCCCGCACAGACAUAGCGAUGAUAAACCGUUACUACGAGUGCUGGGAUCACUACCUGGGAGACGACAUCCCAGACGCCGUCCCGUACGAAGAAUUCCACUCCAGGUACAUAAAGAAGAAACCGCAUAAGACCGGAGAAGUAAUCACUCACCCAGUGAAGCCCGCCUCAGAAGCACUUACAAAAUGGCUUAGCUACAUGAAGUCAUUAAAGCCUCAGUGAUCGUGUGUGGGAUUUUGCUGUCUUGUAUUUUUUCUUU